AUGGCCAAUCCAUACAUGAAACAUUGGAUGAGCUACAUGAAAUGCUUUAACGACAAACCCGACAGCCAAAAAACCACGCCUUUGAAAACGGUCCAGCACUACUACGCCAAUGGAGACGACACAGUUUUUCCUGAAGUCAUUGCCGUUGGGAAACAAGACAUUCAAACAAAACAGAAGGCUGAAUUACUGGAGUGGCUGCAUCAGAAACGACAUCCUGAACUUGUUUUAGAGCAGCUCAUGGUGAACCAUAAAAACACUAACGUUCUGAGUGUGAUAAAGUCAUCGCACUGGAUCGACUACUUGGAGUGGUACAAUAUCGACCAUCCUGAAAGUCAGACGACGCUCUUCAAUACCCUUGGCCAUUUUUACCAAGGCGUUCGUUGGGACGACAUGAUUCGAGCUGGGAAGAAGAACCGUGAUACGGAAAAGUUGGCCACACAACUGCAGAUGCUGCAUGAAAAAAAAGAUCCCGAAGAGGUUCGCAAAGAAAUAGAGCGUGGCAACGUGGUCGCCAAUUUUCUGGGUCACGACAACUGGUUGACGUGGUAUAAAUACCUGAUAUACUUCAAUAAGGUUCACCCUGAGCGCGAAAAGUCUCUGCGUGAUACUCUCGGGGCUUACUGCAAAGAUGGGAAGUUGGUGGAUGAACUUUCACGUAAGAUAGAGGGUCUUAAGAAUGUCCCGCCAAUAACCGACGCAGAAUUGAAGGAGCUGAAACCAGAAGUGGACCCCGAGAAAGACUUCAAGGAGAAGAAACUGGACGAGGCGUUGGACUUUGACAAAGCAAGAUACCAGAUUCUUAAAACCACGCAAUUACUCGGCUUGAUGAAGUAUGUGAAAUUGUAUGAGCAAGAGGUUCCCGAUUUCAAGAAAUCCCUGCGUGGUAUUUUUCCCGAUGAGGACCAAGUAUUGGUAGAUAUUUUGUACAAUCAGGCGCCGUAUCCCCGCCUUCGACCCGCCAUGAGGCAAGUGCUGAACGAUCUGAAUGAGGAUUGGCUUGGAAAGAAAAUGUCUCCAACAGACGUCUUCAAGAUUCUCGUUAAAGAGAUUGUAGAUACGUCAUCUUUUAGCAGCACUCGCUUCCAUGAAUGGUUGAGGUAUUUUAUGGCUUUCGAUUCGAAGUUCAAGGAGGAAAAAGUAUCAAUUAUGUCGGCAUUGAACUCGAAAAGUGGAGAGAAGCUUUUGGAAUUAAUAGGCAGUGUGAAAUGGUACAAUGGCACCCAUGAAGAGCUAUUUGCAGCUAUAAAAGCUUCACUUCAGAAUGAUCCUGCUGAUGGCACACUAGUAAAGUGCUUAAAAAUAAUUAGGGAUUUGAGGUACAAAUCCGAGUCUUUGGUGACAUCAACCAAUAGCAAACUGCCCCCGAAAAAAGAGUAA